AUGGGGAUGUUUUCUGCUGUAGCAAUUCCUGUGGAUCUACCAGAUCGAAAUAUUUACGUUGCAUUCAACUUAGAAACCAAUUAUGGAUUGCCUCCAAACGACACACACUAUAAUCUAAUAAAAAAGUGGAAUUUAAAUGGAAUGUUUAGUGAUAUUAGUAAUGGUGUUACGAACAUUGAAAGUGCUCGGCAUCAGCGUUCAUUGUACACUAGAACAAACUUUUAUAGAAGCGUAAUAGGUUACAUGGAACACUUUGGAUUAAAUGGAAGCGAUUGUCUUUUGCGGACGAUUUGUGAAGUUGCUGAAUCGAGUAUCUAUGAAUCCAAUGGGGUUUUAGGAAGCAUUUUACAUGUUCUUUUUAUGCCAACGUCGUCGGAGAACGAAAAUAUUCCACAAGCUUUGUAUAAAGCAGAAGAACUUGGCUUCAAACAUAAUUGCAGUUCCUAUGAACAUGGUUGCCCAGAAAGUUUUUUA